GUCAUUUCUCUCCUUCUCCUUCUCCUUCUCCUUCUCCUUCUCCGUUCGGAAUGACCAUUCCACUCCACAGUGCGUAGUGAUAGUGAGAGUAAUAAAUACUCCUUGCCAUUGCCCCACCCCGAUAGUCUCCGUUCCCUCCCCUCCUCUCGCCUCUCCUUCUUCUCCCCGAAGAAAACCCCCAAACCGCCAUCCAUAAAGCAGACUGAGAUGGCUUCCGCCCCUUCGUCCCUGCAUUCUCUUCUCUUCAUCCUCCUCUUCGCCGCUCUCUUAUCACGUUCAGCGGAGGCGGGCGGGCCGACAGCGUCGAUGCGGCCGUCGUCGGCUUUGCCGGGGCUGAAAUCCUCGCUGAUCGACGAGGCCAGACGGAGGCGGCUCAGCAACUUCCGGAUAUGCUCGCUCUGCACCUGCUGCGGCGGCCCCCACGGCCUUUGCCUGCCCUCGCCCUGCUGCUACACUAUCAACUGCAACAUCCCCAACCGGCCCUUCGGCUUCUGCGCAUUCACCCCCAAAUCCUGCAACUGCUUCGGGUGCCACCUCUGAAACAAUCCCUAAAUUCUAAUCUCCGAUUGCUUGCUCAUUAGUCACUAUAUGCUGGGAGUAAACUGUUCUUUAUAAUUAUACUACUAGUUUUGCUUAAUUGGUGUUAUUGGUUCGCCUGUGCGCUGCAAUUGCAUAGGGGAAUCGAAAGUGUUUGUGUUCUGUUUCCUGAAAUUAUAUGAAAUUCAGUCUGGUCGAUGUUGAGGAAUGCAA